UUCUUGGCAAUGGGAAGUGGAGAGCAACUGCUUUAAUAAAAUUUUGAUAAAGAAAGCAAGCUCUGUAAAGAAAGGAAAGAAAGGCAGACAAAACAUGUUCAAAAUGGCGUGAAAUUUAUUAUAUAAACAAUAACACAUUUUCAACGCACGUAAACGUCACGUUGUCCAUACUAGCACGAUGAAGUCUUGUGGUUUUGGCUGUACGAGGCAGACACUCAUCUCUUUGAAUGUGAUGUAUAUAGUAAGUGAUACAUCUUAAAAAUAUACAAAACCAGAAAUGUAGUUUAAAUUAAUAGCCUUGUCCAAUAUUAUACAGUUUGCAGUAUAUGUACAGAAACUUUCACACUAGUACAAAGAAUAUACCAAUGUGUUCUUUAUGUUUAAAACUCAGAUUUUCUGCUUUCAUUUUCAAAAACGAUUCAAACCAACAUAUAACAGGCCAGGUGUUAAAAAUAAUAUAUAUUAGGAUUUAAUAUUGGACAAUGUGAAAUAUAUUGAUUACUGAGAACUACAGCUGCCAUAUUACGAUUGUAUGAGAUUUUUCAGUUAGGAAAAAAAAGCAAACAGUUCAUAGGCUGUAUGUGAUAUAUUAUCUGAGUUGAGGGGCCCCUAUACUUUUUGCGUGAAGCGUGAAGGGCUUAUUUUACUUAGCUGUGAAACGUGAUCGGGCCCCCUAUAAUUUUUGUGUGAAGCGUGAAGGGCUUAUUUUACUUAGCCGUGAAACGUGAUCGAUGAUUUUCUUAAUCCGUGACUUGUGAAAAGGCAAAAUAUUUUUACGUGAAAGCAUAUUAUGAAGAGGUAUAGGGGGCCCUCUGAGUUGAUGUCAUCAAUUUUUCAUCUCACUAUCUCCAGACCAUUGGCAUUGCCAAAAAUGGGCGUCACAUUGUCUUCAAUAGCAAGUGUCAAAGUUCAAUUUUCCUGUUUGUCGAUUGGACCAAACCAUAUCACGUGCCGGUCCACAAAACAAGUUCACUGCAUGCUUUUUUUGCAAGGGGGCAACUGGUCAACAAUGAAACAAUUAUUGACUGGUCAAUAAUAAAACCAGAAGUGGGACACAAGUAGGCUGAGGCGGUUUUUCGGUAUACCAGACAAUACUUUUUUUUUUAAAAACUGGUUUUUCGGUUUUGCCAAAGUACAAGUACCGAAAACCCCCGGAAAAAGACAAAGAACUGGGAAAAAACAAGAUAAAAAGGCUAAUGUUUCAGCUAAUUCUAGCUGAAAACUUGUAAAAUAAUACAUUCUUUUAACAUUGUCUUCUUACUUUGUAUUUUUAUACCUCUGUAAGCUUUUGAGAGGGUGGGAAGGGGUAUGGAUCACGUUUCACAAUGAAAAAAAAAGCUGUUUCACGAUUCACAUGUCAUAAAAAAGCAAUUUCACGGAAAAGUAGAUCCAAAUAAAAUAACAUAAUAAUAAUAGGUUUAUUAAGAGUAUGUUUAAUGCAUGGUACAGUACCACACUUUAAGUUCUCUCACUUCUCUGCCUGGCAGUUAAAAACUACACCAUAACUUAAAAAGUUUGAGUGACGAGUAUGUCCGACGACCACCGAAAGGCCUCCAAAGUUUUUACUCUUGUGCAAUCGAGUGAGAUCAUAUAAAUUGAUUAUCGCGUAUCAUGUCUAUUAUGACUAUUACUGACGAAAUAGAUCGAAAUAGAUAAAGCAAAAUCAUAGUUCACGAAACAGACACUUUAAUUCUCAUUUCACGGAGCAUUUUUAUUGAAAAUCACGCCUCACGGCUGUAGAACAAAUCACAUUUCACGACACUAAAAUCAAGCAUUUCACACGAACAAAUAUUGACCAUUCACGGCUCACGAAAAUACCCUUUCCCACCCUCUUUUGAUAUUAAGCAUCUAAAACCAAAAUUCUUCACAUAAUAAAAACAUGUGCUACACGGUUUUAUGUCUGUGUGUUAUUUAUAGAUUAAAAACCAGUUUUUUCGGGUUUUUCUUGAUGGUUUUCGGUUUCAGUUUUUUUCAAGAACCGCCCCAGCCUAGACACGAGCUGCUCACGUUAACCAGCAAGUUCAAGGCAAAGUUCUGUCAGGAAUUUCUGCAUGUUACUGAGACUUUGACACUUACUAUACCAUAUAAUAAAAACACUUAUUGACAGAGACCUUGGGAAAACAGCAUAUUUUCUGGACCCGCUGUUGUUGCUCUCGGGAAAUGUUACAAUUUUUGCAUACGUCAAUUUGUAAUAAGUGGCUAAAUAUUAAAAAAUACCUAAAGGAAAUUGGAAGGAAUUCUUACAGUACUGAAACCAGGGUUUGAAUUAGCAGGUCGCAAAUUGCAAUUUACAAGCCAAGUUUUGGCAUUUGCGAAUCGAAAAUUUUUAAUAAAAUGCGGUAGUUUUAAAUUUUUGCAUUCAACGUUUUGUUUUUAAAAAACAUGUGAAACAAAGAAAUAUAAAUGAAAUAUUUAUGCAAUUCGGGCAGUGUAUUCAGUUUUCACUUGUCUCCAUCUACCAAACUGAGUUUAACUGACGUUACGUCAUUUGAUCAAUUUCUAAAGUGUUUCUUUUUGGAUUUUUUUUAUUAAUUGCAUUAGGGUUAGAGUUGGGUUGUGGUUAGGUUAAGGGUUAGGGUUAGAGUAAAGGUAGGGUUUGGGUUAGUUACAUAUAGGGUGAAGCGGUUUUUUCGGUAAACCAAAAAAAAAUUAUGUUUUUUGAAAACCAAAAUACUUGAUGUUACUUUUGGAGAAAAAACAGAAAAUCGAAAAACCCGAAAAAACCCCGGGAAAACGAAGAAAAAAACAAAGAAAAAUCAGUAUUUUACUAAAAUCGAACCAUACUUAUAUGAGUUUGUUAAAAUGAAUCAAGUUUUGGCAUUUACACACGAAGAGAUUUUGUUUGAAAUUUGAUAACUUCUUCAAAAUACCUUACAUUUAAUAUCUUGUGUGAGUACUGAGUAGCAUGUUGUGUCUUUUUUACCGUAAAAAAAACCCCGGUUCACUCGUUUUUUUCCGGUUGUUUUUUGGGGUUUUUGUAUAAACCGCCUCAGGCUAGUUACAUAGCCAUUUAACACUUCUUCCAUCUUCUGAAAAUGACAUCAUGUCAGUUUGGUAGAUGGAAGGAAACAACCAGUGUAUUCGGGACCUAAAAUUGACCUCCUUGUAAAAGAUUUUCACGCAUUAUGAACAUAAAAUCCCAUUGGCAAUAAAAUACACAUAGCGUCCCUUUUUUGUCCACUUAUAGUAAAUUGUUAACAAUAUACUGUCUUCGAUUAACUAUAUUCUAUUUCGGGAGACAAAUAGUGUGUUCACUUCUCAUUUGUGAACUUUUAAACUUUUAACCUACUGAUAGCUACUGAUACAAGUAUAUUUUAUAGCAUACCAUAAUAAUGGUAUACUGGUAUAGCAUUAAAACCAAUACCACCAUACCAGUAUCAACAAAAUAUUGUGAUAAAAAUACUGGUAAACUGCCCAACUUUACUGUCCACAACAGCUCAUCAGUGUGAAUCUUGAUUGCUGUAUUUUGAACCUUUUGUUGUGGUAUAUCAGGGUAUGAUAAUUAUAUCAUUCAACAUUUGUUGCCCUACUUGACUGGUACUCCAAUAAUUAUUGCCUCAUACUUGAGCUGGUACAAACUUGAGACUCAAGGUGUACUAGUCUUAUAGUCUAAAGUACAUAGUACAGAUUUUUGAAAAGUAUUCAUUCAGACAAUAACCUGAAACAACGAGUUGGAACAAGAAGGAUUGACGACAAUUGCGUACCCGACUACUAGAAUCAACUCCAACAUUCCUUUGACCCAUCAGUCCAGUCAGUUUCAUGCCAAGACAUGUCAGAUGUACCUAAGUGUAUAUACUGUUACGUAUACAUGGUUUUGAUUACCUUGGGCAUGGUAUUAGGUCGUAUGGUACCAGCAAAAUGUAACCCUUACAAAAAAGUAUAUAGACCUGGCCUAUUGGCCAACCUAUAGGAAACCUAUAGGUUUUUAUAGGCAAUUGGAACAUUGUAAAUGUCAGUUUGUCAAUAGUGUAGAGCACCUCAAUGGUAUACCUGCAUGAUUGAAUGAACAUUUCUGAUAUAUACAGUAUUCAAUUUUUCAAUAUCCACAUGCAAUCACCUGGGACCGAUUGUUUAAAGGUGGAUCAGCGCUAACCCUGGGUUAAAAUUUAACCCCCUGCUUUGGUUGUGUAUUUUUGCGUGUCUGUUUAUCUCAAAACUUCAGAGAAUAAUGUUGAUCCAAACAAGAUUGCUGAAGAAAUAUUUCCAAAUUUCUAAAUCUGUUUGGGAAUUUCCUCUGAAUUUUAGGCUCAACCUAGGGUUAAGUAAUCAGCUUUCAAACAACUGGAAUCUAACUCCCUUUGGGUUUUUAGAAUCAUGUUUAAUUGUUGAGUGGAAACACGUUGUUUCUGCCUAAACUAUACUUUUUAGUUACAGUAUAUACAAAUUUGUCAUAAGUCGACUGGACUAAAAGAAUUUGUUAUCACACCAAAUCUCAUUACCAGUGCAUAUUAUCCUUUCAUUUACUGCCAACAACUUUAGAGUUAUGCCAAUGUUUUGACAAUGUUAGCUGUUUUAUGUUGAUUGUUGUUACACACUUAUACGGUUUUACCAUAGGUAUCUUAUAUACACUAGAUAGCGCAUCUCUUUUAGUAAAAUUGAAGCCAAGAAUUAACAAGCGGUUACCCCCAUUUGAAUAGAUGGCGGCCAUGUUGGUAGUUCUCACUCGCUAAUAAACGCUUAAGAAACAACGGUACAAUAACUUUCAUAAUUUGAAUAGUUUAAAAAUGUAUUUGGAAUAGGUUGAACUUAAUGUUUAAGUUCCCAGUGUUAAAGAAAUAGAAAACAUACGAAUCUUCUCAUUUCAUGGGAAUAUCCUGAGUCUGCAAUCACGGCUUCAAUUUUUGAAUUGCAGAAUAAUUAGAUGCGCUUUCUAGUGUGUAUAUGUUAUCUAUGGGUUUUACCCCUGCUUUAUUUUUAUUUAGGAACCGUUCAUUAUUUAUACCUUAGGGUGGGGUGGGAUAUUCUUAUAUCAUAUUGAUAUAAUACAUAUAUUAUAUCACAUUGAUAAUAUAUAUACCUGCCCCCUUUAUGAUGCUCUUAAUAAUGAAGACGCCCCUAAAUACUUGUACUGUAUACUGUAUACAUGAUGCAUAUGUUGAAGCCGGUUUUCCACUAGGCGGAAUUUUGCACGCGGAGCGGAGUUUUUCUUUGUCUUUUCUAAUUAGUUCCACCCGAGAAAUCACAAGACAAAGAAAAAUUCGCUUAAUAGAAACCGCACGAUGUGGCACGACAACGUGACGACGACGGCUAUUCAUACAAUGAGAUUCAUAAUAUUUAAGGAAAAAAAGAAUAGUUAAUAUCCCGCGGGCGUUUGAGACGUCAUCCACGGUGUGUUUACAACGGGAAAUUACAGACUUUUACGUCUUGAAUAAAACGCUUGCAUUUCAAGACGCGAGAAGUGAUACUCGGUAAAUUAGCUCAGUACUACAGUAGAGCUCUCUCGACAAUAAAACCACUAUUUCAAACUACUGUAACCAAACAGUAUUAAAUUGAUACAAUCAAUAAUAGUCUGCAGACUUUCUUUUCAAUUGUUUAUUUGAAUGAUUUUAUUCUGGCCGUCGUCGUCACGUUGCCGUCCUACAUCGUCCAUCGUCCUACCGUCGUCACCUACAUGCCGUCCUCUAAUGUCUGACUAUGAAGAAAAUACAUUGUAAGAGCCAGAAUGUUUGUUUGCAUUGAAUUUUACACAAAACGUUUAUAUAUGACAAAAAAUACCCAUUCAGCAGAAAUUUUUAUUUGCAAGAAGCAGGGCUGCAUAUUCUUGGGGUAAUCAAAGGGUCUUAGGGCCAGGGAAGAAAAUCAAAGAAGAGUAAAAAAUGGAAGGGUAGGGGGAAACCAGAGAAAACGUUUCUUUAGCUAAAUUAAUGUUGAUUGUUCAUGUUGGAAAGUAACUUGAAUAAAUAUAAAAAGCUUUACUGCGGAUUGCAAAUUUAAUAAAUAAUAAGCUUAUUUUAGUUAUUUAAUUUAAUUCUUUUUGAUUCCAUCUUGGGAGCAAAGAUACUAUUAGAUACAGGCCGAUGUAGUAGGCUAAAGAUAUGGGGAAAAGAAUCAAAUAUGAAAAGAAGGGGGGGGGGGUGGGAAGAAUCAAAGAUCAUUGAAGAAUAUACACCCCUGGUAAGAUGGUGCUACAAUUUUUGCUUUUGUUUUUUAACAACCCAAGGCUCGAACUAAAGCAAAGACCCUCCUCAUAAGGCAAAGUGAACAUUGUAUUACCCCUCCUCCAUUUUCCCCACCCCACCAUAUAGGGUAUAAAUAAUGUACAGUCACUUAUCACAUUUCCGGUCAUUUGAAGCACUACUGCAUUAGUUAUUGUAAAAUAUGGAAUUAAUGUAAAGUGGAGAGCAGGAUUCUUUGCCAUAGCACAGUAGUGAAUACUGUACUGUAGUUCGCUACAUUUUUAAAACAGUAUAUAUAGCUGUAGCCAUUCAACUACAAAAUUUUGUAAAAAACUGCGGACCUACAGCUUGAGCUUUAUUAAUUUAUAGCUAUAGGUUUAUUUAAAGAAGCUUGGACAUUCACCUUUGGCCAUGAUGUAACUAUACCACUGAUCUGUGUGUAAAUACUGUAUAAAAAGGGUUAGGUUUAAUGGUGGGGUAAUGGUUUUACAUCAGCCAUAAAUCAUAGAAACUCGAAAUAUUGAAAGAAGUGUUUCAAUAUUUUUCAAGCGGGUGUGACCGUCUUUCUCACAGGGUCUCGCCUCCGCUACUCCCCCAUGAGCGGAAGUGAGACACUGGGAACGAGGUUGGCAGAUGCUAACCGUUAACCAAGAUUAUUUAUAACUUUUAGUGAUUUGGUUUAUAUGUUUAAUAUUUCCAGGUUGUGGGGUUAAUCUUAAUAAUACUACCAGUGUACUCCAAAUUUAGCCAGCUACUCACAAGCUGGCCAAUCAUUGGUGGAGCAAUAGCCAGUGGUGUCUUUCUCAUGCUUAUUGCUAUCGCUGGAAUUUAUGGUGCUGCCAGGCAUAAUCAAAUUAUAUUGUUUUUUGUAUCCUUUACGAAACAUUUGUAAUUAUUCAUUAUUAAUAUUAUUCCUCUACAAAUAUUAUAUAAUAAUGCUGCAGCCUAGCCCUCGUUCAGGCCCACCGAGGCUACAGCCAAGAGAGACCAGUUUCAGAAUGUAAGAAAAAAUAGGUGAGAGAGUUUCGAAAUUUUAAUAUAUACUGUAAGGGUUUUAAAAUUCUAAUUUUAAGUAUUUGAAAAACUAGGGGAGGGAUCUCAGUUAUAUUUCAAUACUAAGUAUAUACAAUCUGUUAGACGUAGUCAACAAUCAACAUUUUCUAGCCAAAGUCCAGAAUUGACAAAAUAAAAGUAUAUAUAGGUAAGAUAAGAUAAAAUAAAAAUGUGUUGGGUGAACAUGCAUUUAGUUCUUUUAUAUACUGCCUUGAUUUUUGCAUAAGGGAGCUAAUCUGCUUUUGAUUUAAUCGUGAAAGAUCUAAAAACCCAAGGCUUUAUUACACUACAUCGUGCCUCAAUGUAGUUCGUUCUUCAAUAAUUGAGCAAUAUACCGCGAUGAGAAUUGAAGGAACUUUUAUUUCGUGUUAACUUUCGCCUGCUAUACUGCAGCAUGUAAUUGUCAUUUUUUACCCUCAUACUCGUUUUAUUCUGGGUUCACACUGCGCUGCGUUUUGAGAUUUACUGUGCAUGGCAGCACUGCCAGAAUGGUGGAUUUCACUAUCUAGCCACGAAAUAUAUAGGAGAGUAUUCCUUAACAAAACGUAGUAUAUGAUCAUAUUAAUUCUUAUCUUCAUUCUACUGUUUGCCUUCUCCUGCGCGGCGCUCGCAAUUUCAGAUAAAUAUGAACACACAUUAUUAUCACAUGGCUGGAAUAAUCUUGAUAAUGAAACAAAAGGAAAAUGGGAGAAAUUUGGAAAUUGUUGUGGAUUUGAUAACAAGAGUAGAAGCGUAGCUCAUCCUUGUCAUGGUCAAACUAAAUCUGAGGUAAGAUUAUGCUGCGUGUAACACAACUGUUCUGUAAAUGCGUGCUUCCUUUCUAAAAAGUAAUAUAAUGGAUUUGAAACCAGCAAAUACUAAAUAGAAUAUAAAUUCAAUUUACUCUUCAUAAGUGUGGGGUUAGGUAAUAUUCAGUAAUAAACUAUGCUCGUUUUUGUCUUCCAAAAAAAGAAA